CGGACCUUCUACAUCCUCCUCUUCAACAGCACCAUGGCCACCUCCAACCUCCUCACCAACACGCGCCUCAUCGUCACGGGCGGCGGCUCGGGCUUUGGCGCCGAGAUCUCGCGCCAGGCCGUCAACGAGGGCGCCAAGGUCGUCAUCCUCGACGUCUCGCCCACGGGCCAGACCGUCGCCGACGAGAUCAACGCCAAGGUCCCCGGCUCGGUCGUGUUUGUCAAGGGCAGCGUGACCGAGACUGCUGGGUGGGAGGCGGCGCGCGAGGCCGCCGUCAGCAACUUUGGCGGCGUCGACUCGGUCGUCAACAACGCCGGCUGGAGCUACCACACCAAGCCCACGCUCGAGGUCACGCUCGAGGAGUACACCAAGACGUUUGACCUCAAUGUCAAGUCGGUCUUCUUGUCGGUCCAGAACAUUGUGCCCCUCAUGAUCAAACAGGGCACUGGCGGCACCUUUAUCCAGAUUGGAAGUGUGUCCCACCUGCGCCCCCGUCCCGGACUCGCAUGGUACGCCGCGUCCAAGGGCACCGUCACCACCGUCGGCAAGGCCCUUGCGACCGAGUAUGCCGACAAGAACAUUCGCUUCAACACCGUCUUGCCCGUCUUGACGCCCACUGGCUUGACGAACCAGUUUGUCGGUGUCGACCAGCACGACACGGCCGGCCUCGAGAAGUUUGCCGGCGGAGUUCCCCUCGGCCGUUUGGGCAAGCCCCAGGACAUCGCCGAGGCCGUCGUCUGGCUCGCAUCGCCCCGCGCGCAGUUCAUCACCGGCGUCGACCUCCCCGUCGACGGCGGCAGGCACAUCUAAUGGUUUAUCCGGGGUCCGCAGUCUGAAGUGUGAUAGCGACGAUGAUGCAUGGGAUAUGAAGGG